AUGAUCAGCCAGAGACCUUCAACACCGCUAUCACGGAUACUUCCACCCCUCAUUCUAGGAGGGGCAGGAUUCAGCCACCAGGUAUUCCGGAAUCCGAGCUCUGCACAGGCAUUGGAGGUCUUGAAGCGUGCGUUUCAAUUUGGAAUAAGAGCAAUCGAUACCUCCGCAUACUACCACCCGUCUGAGAUACUGCUUGGCGAGGCGCUCUCCCAUCCCGAAAUUGCCAAUUAUUAUUCUCGUGAUGAAUAUUUUUUGAUGACGAAGGCUGGCCGUAUCAGCGCGAAUGAGUUUGACUAUAGUCCAUCAUGGAUACGGCAGUCAGUACUACGAUCUCUCCAGCGCCUCAGAACGGACUACUUAGAUGUCGUUUUCUGUCAUGAUGUCGAGUUCGUCCCAGAGGAAGAAGUCAUACAAGCCGUUGGUGUCUUGGUAGACAUGGUCAACGAGGGCCACAUUCGGUAUAUUGGAAUAUCUGGUUAUCGCAUCGAUAUUCUCACACGUCUGGCCUACCGUGUCCGAAAUGAACUUUCCCGACCGCUGGACAUUGUACAAAACUGGGCUCAAUUGACCCUUCAAAAUGAGAAGUUGGCAGAAAGUCUUCCCACCUUUCAGGAUGCUGGAGUCUCUUGCGUGUGCAGCUCUAGUCCCUUGGCAAUAGGGUUACUUCGCGAGAAUGGUGUACCUGUCGGGGAUUUGGGUGACUUUCAUCCUGCACCACUUGGUUUGCGGCAAGCGUCGCAAUCAGCUGCGACAUAUGUCCGCUCUCAGGGUGAAUCCCUCGCUUCAUUGGCACUACGAUAUGCUAUUCGUCGGGCACAGACGGAGUCUUCAGCCGACUUCCGAGUUACAACAAUCAUGGGGAUUACUUCUGUUGUUGAACUGGAAGAAAAUCUGGAAUCGGCUCGGAAGGUCCUCCUGAGUCCAAAGGGAAACGAGUCAUCCUGGUCCUGGCUGGCAGAUUUGAAUUCUUCUGGAAGCUCAGUGUCUACGAACUUUGAUCCUGAUGAGAGAUUGUGUCUUGAGGUACAAAAGAUCCUCGGCUUAUGGCGAAACUAUAGCUUUCCCAGCCCGGGACAUAACUGGGAUAUUGCCAACAAACGCUUAAUCAAAGCGAAAAUAUAA